AUGUUCAGCGGGGAGAGGUUUUAUAUAGUUGACGGUGCACUGAAAACCACCCUGGAAAACUUCACCUGUUCCGAGUACAAGGUUCAAAAUCACUACAUCACAGAGACUCUCUCAGAAGAAGAAGCUCACUUCCCUCUGGCUUUCACCCUUACUAUCCACAAAGAUUAUGACACUUUCGAGAGACUUUUCAGGGCCAUUUACAUGCCCCAGAACGUCUACUGUGUGCACGUAGAUAGUAAGGCGAACGAGACCUUCAAAGAAGCAGUGCGGCAGUUACUAAGCUGUUUCCCCAAUGCCUUCCUGGCCUCGAGGAUGGAGCCGGUGGUCUAUGGUGGCUUCUCCCGGCUCCAGGCUGAUCUGAACUGCAUGAAAGAUCUGGUGGCCUCCAAGGUCCCCUGGAAAUACGUCCUCAACACCUGCGGGCAGGACUUUCCUCUGAAAACCAACAAGGAAAUCAUUCAGUACCUGAAAGGGUUUAUUGGGAAGAAUCUGACCCCUGGGGUGCUGCCCCCUGCUCACGCGAUUGGAAGGACCAAGUAUGUCCACCGGGAGCUAUUAGGGAUUUUUCCCUACGUGCACAACACAGCAAAAUUGAAAUCCCCUCCUCCUCACAAUCUGACCAUUUACUUUGGCACUGCGUACGUGGCCCUCACACGGGAGUUUGCUAACUUUGUCCUCGAAGACCAGCGUUCACUGGACUUAAUCUCCUGGUCCAAGGACACUUAUAGCCCUGAUGAGCACUUCUGGGUGACACUCAACAGGAUUCCUGGUGUGUAUAUUCUGUUUCUCUCAUGA